AUGGAGACCUUAUAUGGAUUUGCACGACCACCAGAAACCCUUGCCUUUGUCUGCCUCACGCCCUCCGUGACGCAGUAUCCUUUCUCGUCGUCCGUGGGCGGUCCAGCCUUCGUCCGUAGGCCUCUUAACAGCCGUACCCUCGUAACCCGGUGCCAGCUGAACCUUUCACCUGCUGAUUCCUCGCGGAGGAGUCAGAACCUCGGUCGCGGCGAGCAACCGACUGGACUGACCGACUGCCGGAGUGCCGGAGAGAGUACAUUUCGACACCACGGCAAAGGUAACCACCGGUUCAGUCAGUCAGUGUGUCGGUGUGUUCAGCACGUAACCUGCUUCGAGAGAACCAGGAUAUGCUCUUGUUGUUGUCGCGGGCUCCAGUACGGGAAUGACCACCAGGAUCUGAAAGCUCGACACUUCCCAUCCCCAACGAUGCCCGAGAACUGCAAAUCAAUCACCUUGCGCGACGCCAACAAUAACACCUACACCGUCCCCGCGAGCGCCGUCCCCGCCGACAGGGGCGGCCGGCCCCCAGGGGCCCCCAAGCAGCGGAACAUCCAAGUCACGGCUAAGGUGCUGUUCGGGUCCGUGCAGGCCAUCAACAGGCUCAAGCAGGAGGAGAAGGCCGCCAGGGAGAAUAAGAGGAUAUAG